AUUACAGCCACUUGAGUCUAAAUGGAAAGAAAACACAGAAAAAUGAUGGUAAGGAACACAUUGCUUGCACUAUAAAGUAUUGAAAGAUUGUUGAUCAAUUUUCGCCGAGCUGGCUACCAUGCCCUGAGAUGGAGGACCACGUGCAUGUCAUUAACAUGGACUGGCUGGAACGAGAAAUAGUUAUGGAAGAGCAGCUGGAAAGAGGAAGAGAAGAACAAAGAGAAAGAGAGGAGCAAACGAGAAGAGAGGAACAAAGAAGGGGAGAAGAACGAAUAAAGAGAGAUGAACGAAGAAAAAGAGAAAGGGAAUGGAAAGCGCAACAGGAGAGGGAAAAAAGGUUAGGAAGAAAAAGAGAGAGACGUCAAGAGAUGAGAGGCGUGGAGUGGGAGAGAAGAAGAGUGGGUGUAGCGGCAAAGAAAGGGCCCGGGAUGAUAAUGACAAGGGAAGAGAUAAGAGAAGAGUUCGUUGUCACAAGUGUAGAGGGUUUGGCCACAUACGUGCCCAAUACCCGACGAGACGCGGCCCGGUUGUGCCUCACCAUCAGCAAGAAAAGCAACCGGCAGAUCAAGCAAAGGAAGCGAUAGUGAAUAACUAUCAUUUUUACGUCUCUCUUGACAACGUAAGUUUUCACUAAUAAGUUUAGUGAGCUAUCUUACAUUGUCAAGAGGUUUAUUUUAUUCUCUAAUAUUAAUAAUCUAUUUUUAAAAAACGUACACGUGAAAGCCACGCACAAACAAAAUUAUUUUUCCGACACAUACCCCUACUUGAGUUAUCUCUUUUAAAAUUUUAAACCUAUAUAUCUAUGUCACUCGAUAAUUCCUCUUUUUUUCGAAUACGAGACAUCAUGAUCUCUUGGAAAAUUACUUUAUUAGCGUUAUAAAUUUAAUGUAUUUUGUUUCUUUUUUAUUAUUAAGUGAGCUUAAUGAUCUUGUUUAGGACAGCCAUAGUAGUACGUCAAUG